AUUGAAAGACAAAUAUUUGAGAGCAAAAAUUAGAGUGUCAAUAUUAUAUAGGAGUUCGCGAAAUAUCAUAUGCUAUAAAAAUAAUACUCUUGUGACAAAAAAUUCCAUGAAAAAUUUAUAUGUCACAUUAUUUGCCCAAAACACACAAAACUUUGGAAACCCUUGUCUAAAUACAUAUAAAUUAUCUCCAUUUCUGCCACACUUUCGCACCGCUGUCAUUCCAAACAAUCAUUCCAUUUCAAAUUAUCAGUACUUCAGUUGAAAAGCAGUCAUUUACAUUUUUAUUUAGAUCUCGAAAGCAAAUGUUUAUUUUUCAGUUUUUGAAAAUUAUUUAACUAUCGUGUGUAUUGUAAUUAAAAAAAUUCCAAAUUCGAAAAAAAGUACGAGAUGUUUGCGUCCGGCAGCAGAACGAAGAAUAUUAUUGUGCGUCAGUCCAUGACGCAUCGACAACUACCCCUUUUAGCCACAGCCACACCAACAGCAACAAUGACGCAAAGAUCGGCGCGUCGCGUCAGCUCUACCGGUGAGGAAGCGCGCAUUGGCGCUACACUUAGCGGACGCCAGCUACGUUCGAAAUUCACAGAACGCAAGCCGACCUCUAUAUCGGCCACAACAACAGCCACAACAGCACAGGCGCGCAAUCAAUUGCAAGCGAGCAACGCGAGCAACAGCAAUCACGUGAAUCUAUACAAAACAAGCGCGUCAGCGGCUGCUGGCAAUGCACAAGGCGAUGGACAAAAGGUAAUGCGCGGUAUACCGAGCAAUACAGCAGCGCGCGCGACCGCACGCCAGCGCAGAGAGGCAGCAGCUAAAGGUAUCGAUAACACCGUAAAGAAAAUCGAUCUCAUGGAACAAAUUAUUAAAACGGAGAUCGGUAUACAAACCAAUGAGCCGGAAAUACUUAAUCAUGAUCUGAUUAUUGGCGACAUAAAGUUGUUGCCGCCAACGGCUGGUUUGGUAGCAGAGAUCGAACGUCAACGUAGUGAGAUGAAUAAGAAGCUUAUGUUGAAAGCACAACGCAAAUUUGAAGGGCAUUCGGAGAAGCAGGAGGAACAUUUGACCGAUUUGAAGGAGUUCCUUGAGAAAUCGGUAGUCACCAGACGUUUACGCAAGUCCAAACUCUCCAUCGAAGUGGACAAGAAGCUUAUAAACUCUAUGGAUGAAAUACUAAACAAAGGCGUGCCAAAAACUGAGUCCAUUACAGAUAUUAAGGGACGUAUCAAGAAAAAGGAACAAGAAUUACUAACACUUUUCGAUACUGUCGAAAAUUUGCAAAUUUAAUGUACAUAUUUAAACAUGGAUAUAUGUAUGUAUGUACUCAAAGACUGUAUUUAAAUAAAAUUAACGUGACUUGCGUUAAUUUAAAAUAUCAA